AUGAUUAGAACAACGAUAGGAAAGAAUGGCGCAUCAAUUAAAUUUGGAACAAGUCGUAGUUUAAUAGCUAUUAAAGCUUCAUUAUUUCAGACUAGACGUUGGACUUCCGCGCAAACAGUAAAACAAGGACAAACGUUCGAGACGAAGGAGGAAGAAACUGUUUACAAGAAACUACAAGAAGCGUUGAACCCCAAACAAUUGACAGUUCAUGAUAUUUCAGGUGGAUGUGGGUCGAUGUAUAAUAUCGUUAUCAAAUCCGACAAGUUUAACACCUUGACAACUAUAAAGCAACACAAACUUGUUAACGGAAUCCUCAAGGAAGAAAUAUCUAAAUGGCAUGGUUUACAAUUAUCAACGAAGAAAGAUAAAUAG